GCCUGUGUAUCCAUGCAACCUAACCAUGGAGCAGACGCUUUUACCGGCAUAUCCCCCUAUAGUAUAGUACCCUCUGUGGAGGAAUAUAUACCCGGAGAAAACAUUACAGUGAGAAUCGUGGGUACAUACCUAGGCUUUCUCAUCCAAGUCCGAAAAGUCGGCACCACCGAGGCUGUUGGAUCUUUCUCUAACCACCCCUCCGGGACCAAGCGGCUGAACUGUUCUAAUGGUGAUUCCGCCUCCCACUCCGAUAGAACUGAAAAAUCAGAUAUCGAACUGACCUGGACCCCGCCGAGCGAGAAAGGGGAGGGGCCUGUCCAAUUUGUAGCAACUGUCGUGUUGGGACAACAGCUUUUCUGGAUGAACGUGACGUCAGACGUCAUACCCGAGCAAGUAGAAACAACAACAUCAAAAUAUACAACACCGGGGAGUGUUACAACCAUGGUUACGGCUACAGCGAAACAAAACCAGACAGUUAUUACGAGGGUAGCUUACACCACAUUAGUAACUACAGCAGAGCAAACGACGAUGCUGCCGGAGGACUGUAACAACAGGUGCAGCAUCUUUGCUAGAUGUGAGUUUUCAACAUGUGUGUGCAAGAGGGGACUGGACGGAAAUGGGAGUAGCUGCACAUCAGGCAAGAGGGGACUGGACGGAAAUGGGAGUAGCUGCACAUCAGUAUCAGAUUCCACGCGGUACGACUACACGCUGACGAUGGAUAACAUCACCUUCACUAACGACUUGAUGAACCGGUCAUCACCAGCAGCCAUGACACUGGCAGAGAUGUUGGAGGAGAGGUGCUGCACCAGUUGA